AUGUACAUUUUGAGGUAAGUAAGGAAGGAAAUAAAUAAUUUUUUUUUUUUUUUUAAAAAAGACUCCCUUUCCCAUUUCAUGUGUCCUUUGAAGCAAAUCUCCAUGAUGGCAGUGUGGGAAGUGUAGGGGGCGGAACUUUUGAGACCUAUAAAUUGGCACUUGACCUUAGUGAAAGCCCCUUCAGUUAGCAUCAGCUCGGUAGUGAGAGGGUCUCAGCACACAGGAUCAAAGUCUCAAAAUUAAUUCAUCAUCAAUUUUGAAGAUGCCAGUCGAGUUCGAACUUUGUCCAGGAAGAAGGAUCGGGGGCUCCAACCCCUGUUUCAUCAUCGCAGAGAUCGGUCAGAAUCAUCAAGGAGACAUUGAGAUUGCCAAGAAAAUGAUUCGCAUGGCUAAGGACUGUGGAGCAGACUGUGUUAAGUUCCAGAAAAGUGAGCUCGAGCACAGGUUUACUAAGCGUGCACUAGAGCGCACAUACAACUCCCCUCAUUCAUGGGGAAACACAUACGGGGCCCACAAGCGCCAUCUAGAGUUCAGUCACGAACAGUACAGGGAACUGCAGCAGUUUUCCAGAGAAGUGGGAAUUUUCUUCACUGCAUCAGGAAUGGACGAGAUGGCUGUGGAAUUCCUGCAUGAAAUCAAUGUGCCCUUCUUCAAAGUGGCCUCUGCAGACACCAAUAACAUCCCUUACCUGGAGAAGACCGCCAAGAAAGGUCGUCCUAUGGUGAUAUCCAGUGGUAUGCAGUCUAUGGAGACUAUGCACUGUGUUUAUCGGACAGUGAAGAAGCAUAACCCAAACUUCACCAUCCUGCAGUGCACCAGCGCCUAUCCACUGCCCACAGAGCACGUCAACCUGCGCAUCAUCACCGAAUUCCAGAAGGAAUUUCCUGACAUUCCGAUCGGCUACUCUGGCCAUGAAGGGGGCAUCAGUGUGACUGUAGCUGCUGUAGCCCUGGGGGCAAAGGUUGUGGAGCGGCAUGUAACCCUAGACAAAAGCUGGAAGGGCAGUGACCACGCAGCGUCACUAGAGCCUGCCGAACUGGCAGCACUGGUGCGAGAGAUCCGGACAGUGGAGCUUGCUCUGGGCUCUCCAGUGAAGCAGAUGCUGCCCUGCGAAGCCUCCUGCCACAAAAAGUUGGGUAAGUCGGUCGUAGCGAAGAAGGCAGUGCAAAAGGAUACAGAGCUAACCCUCGAAAUGUUGGGAGUUAAAGUAGCAGAACCACAAGGAAUACCACCAGAGAAGAUCUUCAAACUGGUGGGUAAGAAGAUCACAGUGGACCUACAGGAGGAUGACACCAUCACUAAUGACAUGAUCAAAGACUGACCUUCUUUUAGAUUUAUUCAUCAUCACUGAGUUAACAGUCCUGCUUAAGACACAACAUAGACAACCUCUGUUUUUUUGCAAUGAAAGUUUAGCUGUUUUGUACAUUUAGCAUGAAAUAUAAUCAUGGUGAAUUCUUCAACUGCAGUUCAGUGGGAUCAACAUAAUUGUUUGUGCAGAGAAAGUGAUUGUUGUGGAUGAUGUUAACAUGGUGAAU